AAAAAAUCUCAAAAAAGGAACCCUAGCCGGGAAAGCUCCCAAAUUCCCAACCAGAUCUGAAUUUCGGAGUGCCCCGUCGGUGGAAUGUGAAGCUUUCCUCCUCUCGCAUCAUCCGCCGCGUAUUCAACCGGCGCCGGAUUCACCUCUUCCGGAUUCUUCCAAACUGAGCGGCGCCCUUACCACGUCCGCCGCUCAUUCCGCCGUUGCCUGAAAAAAACUCCACUCAGAACGCUGCUCCUUGCUCCGUCGUGUCCUGGCCGUGUCCCGGGCCUUUGUCCUUGUACCCGGUCAGCCAGACUCCACAGUGGCCGCCGCGUGAUUUUUCCGCAGGCCUCUUUCAUCACCACAAAUUCAAAUGUAUAUAUUGUGAAGAGAUUUGAUCAUACAUGUGAAACACAGGGAGCAGCCCUCUCCAACAAAGCAUCAAUUUGCAUAUUUUGAAUAUUAUUCUGCAAAUAUGGUGCUCAGCGGAAUUUCAAAAUCUUUUACUGCAUUAGUGGCUAGUUUCUCGACCCUAAAGACCCCUACUUCCCCCUAUGUAUCACCUGGUAUUCCACCAUUGUCGGGAUCAGUUCCCAGUGCAGGGCGGAAGAACAAGUUGCGACCCACCUCCUCCCUUCAAGAUUUUUCUGCAUAUCAGCAGAACAGUGCAGAAUAUGACCAUCUGAACCCCGAAACGGAAAGACUAUCAAAUAAAUCAAAGCAAGCAACCUUCUUUGUCAGAGAAAAUGCCGUAUCAAGUUUUUCAAAGGAGAAGGGAUCUCCAAGAAACCAUUCUAAACAGAAGAAGUUGCUGAUAUCUUGUGGAUCGAGGUUCUAUGUUGUUCUUGAUUGCGGCAGCACCGGGACCCGUAUUUAUGUAUACCAAGCGUCAUUUGACCACAAUAAUGAUAAAGGUCUACCUAUUUUAUUGAAAUCAAUGCCGGAAGGUUUCCAGAUAAAGUCAAAAUCCCACAGUGGAAGGGCUUAUAACCGAAUGGAAACGGAACCGGGCCUUGACAAGUUGGUCCACAACAUAUCUGGCUUGAAUAGGGCAAUUAAGCCACUAAUUCAGUGGGCAGAGAAUCAAAUCCCUAAAAAUGCUCACAAGAGUACUUCCUUAUUUCUUUAUGCCACGGCUGGGGUCCGUAGGCUACCUGAUUCAGAUUCUAAAUGGAUUCUUGACAAUUCUUGGUCCCUUUUAAGAAGCUCACCAUUCUUGUGCAAGAGAGAGUGGGUGAAAAUCAUCAGCGGGGAAGAUGAAGCUUAUUUUGGAUGGAUAGCUUUGAAUUAUAAUGCCGGUGUACUAGGGACAACUAAACCCAAAAAGGAAACAUUUGGUGCACUUGACCUGGGGGGAUCAUCACUUCAGGUUACUUUUGAGAGUAAUGAGGAGAGUUCCAACAAUUAUGCAUCAACUAGGUUAAAUCUGAGAAUCGGCCAUCUCAACUACCAACUCACUGCAUAUUCCUUGCCGGGAUAUGGCCUUAAUGAUGCUUUUGACAAGUCUGUGGCUUAUCUUCUCAGGAAGAAGUAUCCUAAGGUUAACAAUGCAGAUUUGGUUAGUGGAAAUGUUGAGGUCAAACAUCCUUGUUUGCAGUCUGGUUACAAGGAGAAAUAUGUUUGUUACAGCUGUGUUUCUACAUCUCCCGGAAGUGAGAAUUCUCCUAGUGGUGCAAGAAAAGAGUUUACUAAAGGAGGAAAGCACGGAGUCUCCAUUCAGCUCAUUGGAGCUCCAAAAUGGGAUGAGUGCAGCUCGAUUGCAAAUAUUGUUGUCAAUUCAUCUGAGGGGUCUUUUGAAGGGAGGCGUCCACAUCCAAGUGGACAGUUUUAUGCAAUGUCUGGUUUUUUUGUGGUGUACCGUUUUUUCAAUUUGACUUCGGAUGCAACCUUAGAUGUUGUUUUACAGAAGGGGAAAAAAUUUUGCAAGAAAAAUUGGGAUAGCGCAAAGAAGAGUGUUGCACCCCAACCUUUUAUAGAACAGUAUUGUUUCAGGGCACCGUAUAUUGCAUUUCUAUUGCGAGAAGGGUUAAAUGUUAGAGAUGGUAAUAUAAUUAUUGAUUCUGGAAGAACCACAUGGGCACUUGGAGUUGCUCUAUUUGAAGCUGGAAAGGAAGUCUCAAAUAAGAUCGAUUCUCAGAGAUAUGAGUUAUUUCGGACAAAGGUUAAAACGAUUCUUCCAUUGGUUGGUUUAGUUGCUUCUUUGUUUGUUAUUUUUUGUGCGUUGUUAUGUAUUGGAAACUUGAUUCCCAAGUUCUUCGGGAAGCCCUAUCUUCCCCUUUUCAGGCAUAAUAAUGCCUCAACUGCAUCUAUUAUGCCUAAUCCCUUCAGGUUCCAGCGUUGGAGUCCUAUCAAUACAGGGGACGGGAGAGAGAAAUUACCACUGAGUCCAACAAUAGCGUCUACUCAGCGAAGUGGAUAUGGUUUCGGGGGCAAAGGGGUGCAGCUGGGCGAAGGCCUUUCUUCACUGUACACAUCAUCUAGCGGCGUAUCACAUAGUAGUUCAUCUGGUUGUUUGGUUGGGCAAAUGCAGUUUGGUAGUAAUGACACUAUGGGUUCUUUCUGCCCCCCACACAGAAGCCAACAACGACUUCAAAGCAGGAGAUCACAAUCCCGAGAAGACCUCCACUCUUCACUGGCUGAUUCUAACUUGGCAAAGGUUUAAAUCCCCAGUACUCUCUCUCUCUCUUAAACAGUCAUCCCAAAGAUAACCUCGUUGUGAAAAUGCCACGUGGCAAUAGACGCUGGUUCCACCUGGGCCUACAAAAUUGAAGACUCUCUUCCCCUCUUUGCUCUCUAGAGUUCAUAAAGCACCAACCGGAGGAAAAGAAUGGUAAUGUGAAGGAUUUGAAGUUUGUGAAUAGUCUUCUGAAUUUACUUUGAUUUUUGAUACUUAGGUUAGUCCUUUCACAAAAUUUGGGUCAAGAACACUUGCGCUCGGCUCGGAUAUCCCCUAAUGUUAAGGGUAGCCAACAUCAAAUCUUGAGUUAUAAGGUAUAUAUUGCUCUUACUUCAGGGUAG